AUGGCGGAUCUAGACUUACAGUGGUUCUGGUUCUGGUUCUGGUUCAUCACGGUCUUAAUCAUGCACAAAAACGUCACAAUCCUGGUGUCAAAAGUUCGAUCCGCCAACAAGCGGGAGCAGGUUGUAACGGUGAUCAGGAACAUCGGUCAAGAGCGAAGGAACGCCCACAGAAUCAUUGUGCUUGCCGACGAUGAUAUCGCCUUCGCGGCGAGCUCUCCCGGAUGGAUCCUUGCACCUUUCGAAGACGACAGGGUCGGAGGAGUAGAAUUCCCACCAGUCAACGAGCCAAAAGAAUUCAAGCCGGAUCAGUAUUAG